AUGUCGCUGGAAGAGACAGUCCAUUGCCGCCGCUGCUGCUCGAGUGACGAAAGUCUGCCAAGUGCCGCGCCAAUCCCUCCCGGAACGACGUUGAACCCAUUCAAGACGGCGCUUCACAAGUUUGUGCACAAGAAAAAAGACCGACCAGCUGUCCCUUCUGCUGCUGCUUCUGCUGCUUCUGGUGGUGGUCUGAACACUGCAGCAACCUCGAGUUUUUUUCUGCGUAGCCAUCACAAGCUGCAAGUGGCUACACCAGCUCAGCCAUUGCCUGGAUCAGUUAAACAAGUUCAUACGGGGCAGUUGCCUCCAGUGUGGGCGACACCUGCACCGGCUGCACCCACGAGGAAAAGUAAUGGCGCGGGACUUGCUGACUUGGCGCUGCUGCAGGGGCCAGGCGGCCAGUUAUUGUCAGUGGAGAGCGGGAAUGCGGAGGUUUCGCUGACGUCGUUGCUGGAAGGACGUGCUACGGGCCAGCAGCACUUGACGCCAGAGGAGGAGAGAAGGCGGGGUCGGGAUGAUCAAUUGAAGCAGGAACGCAGCAGCAGUGAUGCUGUUAGCCAGGGCGAGAGAAGAGGGAGCAUUCCUGUUGAAACCACGACGUUGGCGUCGUCGUCGUCGUCAUCGUUGUUGUCACGCAAUGCAUCUGGCAAUCUCCGCGAUGUGCAGUUUGAACGAUUGCUGGAACAGGAAGUUGUGGAUCUGGACAAGCUUCGCAAACUCAGCUGGGGCGGUGUCCCGACGAAGCAUCAGCCGACCGUCUGGCGGCUGUUGCUGGGCUACAUGCCGUCGAAAAAAGAUCGGCGUGCUGCUAUGUUGGAGCGCAAGCGACAAGAAUAUGUCGAGUUGCUGCAGCAGUAUUAUUACAUUCCAGACACCGACCGGGGAAUGCGAGAGCAAACUACGCUGCGUCAGAUCCUCGUUGAUAUUCCACGGACAAACGCAGACGUGAAGCUGUUUCAGAAUGAGCGCAUUCACCAAUGCAUGGAACGAGUUCUGUAUAUUUGGGCAAUCCGGCACCCGGCAAGUGGAUACGUGCAAGGAAUCAAUGACCUCAUGACGCCGUUCUUGGUCGUAUUCAUUUCGGCUUUCAUCGAUGACCCGCAGAUGUGCGACUUGUCAAAAGUGUCGGAUGCGAACCUGCAAAUUGUCGAAGCGGAUAGCUACUGGUGUCUGACGAAACUGUUGGACGAUAUCCAGGACCACUACACUUUCGCACAGCCGGGUCUGCAGCGCAUGGUGCAGCGCAUGGAAGAAUUGGUUCAUCGUUGUGACGCAGAAUUGUUCGAGCAUAUAGUGGAUCGUGAAAAUGUGCAGUUUGUUCAGUUCGCAUUCCGCUGGAUGAAUUGUUUAUUGAUGCGCGAGUUACCACUAAACGGCAUCGUGCGCAUUUGGGAUACGUAUCUAUGUGAAGACUCGGGCUUUGAGAGCUUUCAUGUGUAUGUGUGCGCUGCGAUUUUGAUGACGUUUGGCGAGACACUGAAGACACUGGAGUUCCAGGAUUUGGUGCUUUUUCUGCAAAGUUUGCCGACGAAAGACUGGAUGGAAAAUGAGAUCGAACCGUUGCUCUCGCGUGCAUUUAUCUUGCAAUCCUACUUCGCGGAUGCCCCGAGUCACCUCAGUUCUCAAGCCGCUCAAUAG